AUGCGCGCUUCCACCUUCUUCGCCGCCCCUCUCGUGGCCAUGGUCGCUGCCCAAAGCUCUGCUGCCAACGAGACUUCUGUCCUCAGCACCAUCCCCAUCACAUCAAGCUCGAGCGUCCCUUACAGCAACGGAUUCACUUCUUACACCACCAUGACCAACUCUCUCGGUGUCAUCACUGGCCAUGCUCCCCUUGAGACAGACGUCGGUGUUGCCGCCACCAACGCUGCUGUUUCAUCCGUCGCUGUACAGCUCGUCCCUGCAGGCCUUGCUCCUGGCACUGUGACCACCCUCAUCUACGGCAAUGUUACUGCUGGAAACGCAACCUCAAUUGUUGUUACCGUCGGGGCCUCUACUACUGCAGUUCUGAGUGCAGAGGUUGUUGCCGCCACUGGUUCGGGUUCUUCUGCUACUGGCUCUUCUGGCGCUGGCGCUGCUGGCUCUGCUUCGGCUUCAGGCUCAAGCGGUUCCGCCAGCGGAACUUCCUCAGGUGGCAUGUCCACUCGCGCAUCUUCCGCUUCCGGAUCAGGCAGCUCUGCAUCUGGAUCUGCCGCCGCUUCCUCUACUGGCUCAGCCGCCAACGUCAAGGUCGGUGCUGCUGGUGCCUUGGUCGGUGCCGGUGUCUUCUUUGCUGCUUUCAUGUAA